AUGUCCGCCUUGUUCCUUCGCAUCCGCAACCUGGGAAACGCAGAGGCUGCAGCCCUCAGCGGCGCCAGGAAGGUCCAGCUGCCUCCGGGGCCCUUGUACCGCGUGGAAGGUGCCACCCUCGCCGUUCCCUGCAACGUCUCCGAGUUCGAGGGUCCUUCCCUGCAGCAGUUCGAGUGGUUCCUGUAUCGGCCGCCGGCUCCCGACAUCUCCAUCGGCAUGGUCAGCACGCGCGACCCCAGCUUCCCUUACGCCGUUUUUGGGGCCCGAGUGCAGGCGGGCAACGUCUCCAUCCUGCGCGUUCGGGGUGACGCUGUGGAACUGCGUGUGAGGGCGAUCCGGAUGGAGGACACGGGGGUCUAUGAGUGCUACACGCCCACCACGGAUUCCAAAUACCAGGGCACCUACAGCGCCAAGGUGGAGGUCAGAGUUAUCCCUGACCAGCUCUCUGUCUCCGCUGCCCCUCCCUCCAGUGCGAAGCCCCCUUUCCAGGGCCGGGGGGCCAAAGCUGCUCCCCCUCCCCAGAUGGUGCUUUUGGAGAGCCAGGACCUGCUGCUCACCUGCUCCGUGGCCAGCGGGACCCAGCAGCACACCCACCUCUCGGUCGCCUUCACGGUCUCCGCGCCUGGAAGCCCCCGGCUGCAGCAGGAGGUGAUCGGGCUGCAGCGGGACUUUGCCCUGGAGGCCGCCGGGCGUUUUGCCCCACGGCGCUCGGCCCGGGAGCUCUCCCUGGUCAAGCUGGGCGACUGGCGGUACCAGAUGGCACUGGGCCGACUCAGGCCAGAGGACUCCGGGACCUAUCACUGCACCGCCGGGGAGUGGAUCCAGGAUCCCGACGGCAGCUGGCAGCAGAUCACUGAGAAGCGGGUAACGCUGGCUGAUGUCUCGGUUCAAAGCAUAGCGAGCCAGCUCUCGGUGUCUGCCGGUCCCCCCAGAGUCCUGCUCAGCCCCCGAGAUUCCCUGGAGCUCUUCUGCAACGUCUCCGGAGGCCCCGCCCUCCUCCUGCCCCACGUCGCCUGGGCGGUGAGCUGGGAGCUGAGGAAGGAGGCUGGCGGGCAGGGGCAUCUCGUUGCCCGGCUAGAGGCCAGUGGAGGGCUUGUCCUGGGCCAGAACUACGCCAGCCGCGACGUGGGCACGAGGCAUGUCUCCCUGCAAAAGCUGGCCUCCCCGCUGGGCACUUUCCUGCUGCGGAUCGCGUCGGCCCAGCCGGCAGACGUGGGCUCAUACCGCUGCGAGGUUCAGGCCUUCUCGCGGUCUCCGAACGCAGAGCUGCGCCCGUUGGCCACCCUGAGCUCCGAGGCACUCAGCGUGGAGAUCAAGUCCCAAGCGGUGGUGCUGGGGGCCGUUGCGUGGCUGCCCUUCCCCACCUACCGCGGCGGCACAGCCGACGUCCGAUGCAACGUCUCGGUGGAAUCGGCUCAGGACCUCCACCUGGCCCUCAGCUGGUGGGCAGAGCUACCACAGCCGGGCUCCAGCCCGCUUGGGGUCAUCUUGGCCUCCGUGGACCGCGAGGGGGUGGCCCAGCUGGAGGAGCGGCCGUCUGGCGGGGCCCUGAGCGUGGAUAAAGUGGGGCCGCAGAGCCACCGGCUGCGCCUGCACGCGGUCCAGCCAUCCGACGAAGGGGGCUACUACUGCGCUGUGACCGCCUGGGUGCACUCUCCUGACCGCAGCUGGUAUCAGGCCGCUUCGGCGAAGUCCAACAUGGUCACGGUGUACCCGUAUCCGUUGGCCAUGGACACCCUCCUCAUCCCUCUGGCGGUCGGCAUCUCCAGCGCUAUCCUCCUGGGGGUCUCCAUCCUCGUCUCGGUCACCUGCUGCUUCAUGGCGAGGCUGCGCAAGAGGUGA